AUGGGCGACGCAGUCAUUGAGGGUUCGAACUGGCGCCUCGUUGAGGUUGGCCGUGUCGUUGUUAUCAACGGCGACCACCCCUUCGCCGGCCGCCUGGCCACGAUCGUCGAGAUCAUCGACCACAAGCGAAUUCUCGUCGACGGUCCUUCCGCCAACGCUAGCCUCGCUGUUCCCCGACAAGCCGUCCCCCUCAGCAAGGUCCUCCUCUCCUCUCUUAUCGUCGAGGGCUUGAACCGCGGUUCCCGAACUGGUGUCGUCCGAAAGCUCUGGGAGAAGUCCGAGAUCGACUCCAAGUGGGAGCAGACCAACUGGGCUAAGAAGCGGGAUCAGAUGGAGCGGAGGAAGGGUCUCACCGACUUCGAGCGCUUCCAGGUUCUCCGACUCAAGAAGCAGCGACGAUUCGAGGAGCGCAAGGCUCUGGCCAAGGUCAAGGCCUCCGCAUAA